AUGGAGAAGGAGAUUGAACGUCUGCGGCGCAACAUUACUCGAGCAAAGGCUCAAGGCUUCGUACCAGAAGCCGGCGACGACGACGACAUGAAUUCACCCGUGGCCCCGAGCACCGCACCAUACACACAUACCCGCAACCCUUCUCUCAUGGGCUCAGACGAGGCCGUGUCCUCUCUCCUUCAUCUCAAGAGAGGCGGCGCAUACGCCGUGCCGCAUUAUUCGUACGAACUGGAAGGUGUCCGAUUGACUGAUGAUAAUGUCACCCAUCUGUUCAACGAGUUUUUCGCCUACUACCACCCAUUUCUACCAUUUCUCAGCCCGCAAAUACCCCCCGAACAAUAUAACCAACAACACCCGCUGUUGUUUUGGUCCAUUGUUGCCGUUGCAGCUCGUCGUUUCAGCCCCCUUGACUGUCCAAACCUUCUUACCAACCUGUCGGGCCCAAUGACCCGAUUCCUUUGGACCACGAUUGGUGAGGUACCUAGCAACUACCAUGUCGUCAAGGCCAUGUGCUUGCUUUGCACCUGGCCACUACCGACAAGCACUACAACGUCGGACCCGACGCAUAUUCUGUGUGGUGUCAUGAUGAAAACGGCUACUGGUAUUGGACUGCAUCGGCCGAAUCAUAUUAGGGAUUUUUCGAGGGUGUCAGUCGAACUCAACAAGGAGCAGUUGGCAGAUCGUGUCACGACUUGGGCGGUCUGCAAUAUUGUAGCACAAAACGUGGGAACAGGAUAUGGACAGCCGGCAUCAACCUUGUAUGACUGGACUCUUGCACUUCGCCCUGGAGAUGACCCGGCGCUGCACUUGUCUACUGAACUUGAAGCACGACUCCAAAUCGAGCGGUUCUGCGACAAGGUUUCCAAGGAGAUGUAUAGCAAUGCGAGUGAUCCCAGAGGAGUUGCCGGUGAUGAACACCGUGCGAUGUUGAUGCGAGUCUACCGCCGAGAUUAUGGUGAGCUUCAAGCGUCGGUCAUGUCCCAGCAGCUUGGACCCAUUGUGAAUCUACACCUCCGUGCGGCGGCGCUUCACAUGAGACUUGCCGGCUUUUUCGAUUCCAGCAAGACCCCAGGCUAUAUGGACGAUCUUAUGGGCCUUUGGAGAGCAGCAACUAGCUUUCUCGAUGAACUCCUCGAGGUGGACAAAGUUACCUCACCGCGUGACAGCAUUCGAGGAACCAUCUUAUUGUAUGCGACCAACUAUCUGCAGCAGAUGCUCGUUGCAGCCGGCUUCACCUUGUUGAAGUUGAUGAGAUCAUUCUUCUGCAAAACCAUCGAUUUUGAUCGUGGCCGAAGCCUUUUCCACCACUCUGUUAAGGCUAUCAGGGCAACCAGUGUAGUUCAUAACGAUCUGCAAUGGCGUUUGGCUGAAUUGAUGGUGCAGAUGUGGAACGGCGCUCGUUUGGACAGCCGAAACAAUGCGUACAAUCCAGACGACGAUACGGCUGUGCAGAUGGAUGACAGCUUGCAGCUAAAAGUGCGUUGCCGGCACAGCAUGAGUCUGGUGUUUGAUUCGGUUUGGCGAUGGAGGGAAGAGUACCAAUCUCAAGGACGUGGAAGCCUCGAGAAUACAAAGCAUCCCACGAAUCCAGAUUCUGCCAACGAGUCAUCGGCCUCAUCCUCGCAACUCGACAGCACUCUGAUGCCGUCUCAUCCUCUUCCCACGUCAAACAUGCUGAAUACAAAUGGAGCCCUGACGCCUGGUGCUACUGGGCUAUCGGCGGCAGCAACUGCUCCAAACACGAUGAUUGCUGGCAUGCCUUAUGGUGAGACGAAUUACGACUUUUUUGAUCCUCAGCAUUGGAUGCUAGACGGGCUGGUCGAUUUCAACUAUGGCGCGUUUGUGCCUCCUCUGGAAGGCGCAUAG